AUGGUUCGCCAGCUCAAGCACCACGAGCAGAAGCUCCUCAAGAAGGUCGACUUCCUCAACUGGAAGCAAGAUGCCAACGUCCGUGAAAUUAAAGUCAUGCGCAGGUACCACAUCCAGGACCGGGAGGACUACCACAGAUACAACAAGCUCUGCGGCUCGCUGAGGUCCCUGGCCCACCGCAUCUCGCUGCUGCCCGCACAAGACCCGUUUCGGACGCGCAUGGAGGGCCAGAUCCUCUCCAAGCUCUUCGACAUGGGCGUCCUCAACUCCCAGGCGAAGCUCAGCGACGUCGACAACAAGCUUACCGUCGCCGCCUUCUGUCGCCGCCGUCUCGCCGUCAUCAUGGUGAUGGCCAAGAUGGCCGAGACGGUCAGUGCGGCCGUCAAGUUUGUCGAGCAAGGUCACGUCCGCGUCGGGCCAGACACGGUCACCGACCCUGCUUAUCUCGUCACUCGGCACAUGGAGGACUUUGUGACGUGGGUCGACACAUCGAAGCUCAAGCGGACGGUCAUGACAUACAAUGACGAACUCGACGAUUUCGAUCUUCUGUGA